CUUCCACCACAUUGCUGUCGGCUCCUUUACUUUUUAUUCUUCCAAUCCCCACCACACACAUCAUGUAAUAUAUCUUUUUCUUUUUUAGUCCACCAAAAAACAUUCCAUCUGGAUCCUCAAAUUUUUUAAUCCAUCCAGAAGAGGCAGAGCGUUUUUAAAGACUUGCAGAAGCCUCCACCGCAUGAUAUGAAUUACUAGAUAAUUUUUAGUCCCCCGCACCUCCGUCGCACGUGCAGCAUCUCACUGUCGAUUUUCUUAUUCCCCCCAUUCUAAGCCUCUUCCGCUAAAAGUAUGUUCCUCCAAAUCACACAUGAGUUCAGUGUAAUCCAGAUCAUAUUCCACCACUAAACCCAUUUGCAGUUUGCUUUUCAUUCUGGCAGUCAGAAGAACAGGAAAAAAGAUUGUUUCAAAAUACUUCCAGAGAAACCACAAACACAUUGAGAAGACAUUUGAUUGAUUUUCGAAUUCUCCACUUCUUUGACCACAUAUCGUCGUGGGGAAAGCACAUAGAUCUCUUUUCCUUCGAAUAUUCUGAAUUCCCCCAGAAGCACAAAAAAAUCCUCCAAACAUGUUCAAAUGAUGAUCUGGCUUUUGAUCCCCCUCCCCUAUGCCUCCAAAAAGAUUUUUUUUUCAAACACAUAUAGGUGUCCAUGUAUCGUUUUUCUUUAAAUCUUUCCAGCACAUCCCAGGAAAAAAAAUCUUCCAAAAACAUUACUCUUCACAGCUCAAUAUUUUCGAAUGCCCCAGCACAUCCCCCCAAAAAAAGAAGAAUCCUCCAAACACAUGCAUAGUCGCAAUCCAAAAUUUCAAUCUCUCCGCUCGAUCCCUCCAAAAAAUGUCUUUUCAAAAUAGAUUCCAAGAUACGAUAUAUGUAUAUGAAGAACACAGGAAGAAAAGAAAGAAGGACAGAGAGGGGAGACGAGGGGGGGGUUUAUAUACCCUCCCAUCCCACCUAGAUCCCGAAGAACUUCCGCAAAAAGAGGAAACGACAAGGAGAUGA